CAUUUGUUUUUGUUCUUUUCUUUCCGGGAGCCGCAAAGGGAAAAGUCGCGCGACGAGCGUCCGUUGGGCACGUGACUUAAUCACCCCAGCGAUUGGCUUGAGGAUUGGGCUUUACGACUGACGUCAGCGCACGUCAGAGCGAGGGAGAGGAUAUGGGGUAUUUGAGUUCAGACGCGGUUUCUGUGACCGCUCAGAACACGAUUGAACCAUUUGCGCGAGGAGUUUUUUUGUUUGCCCCCUUCCGAUCCGAAAGCAAAACGGUCGCGUCGCGAUCGCUCAAACCUGUGUUUUUCGUUCCGUCGGCACGGAUUGUUGAGCGGAGAAGCGCACCCUUGGAUAUAACAUGGUUGUUGCGGAGUUCGAACAAUACACACAUCCAAAGAACAUUGGAAGCUUCCCAGACUAUGUUAAAGUGGUGGAAGUGGGCGCCAGGGAUGGCCUUCAGAAUGAGAAGGAGAUAGUGCCAACGAAUACGAAGAUUGAGCUUAUCAACAGGCUGGCGAGUUCGGGUCUCCCCGUUGUGGAAGCGACAAGCUUCGUCUCACCCAAGUGGGUCCCUCAGAUGGCCGACCAUUCGGAGGUGCUGAGAGGCAUCGAGAAGCACAAGGGCGUCAGCUACCCGGUUCUUGUGCCGAACAUGAAGGGCUUCAAAGAAGCGCUUGCUGCUGGGGCCAAGGAAAUUGCCGUGUUUGGAGCUGCAUCUGAGACAUUCACACAGAAGAACAUCAACUGCAGCAUAGAAGAGAGCAUCAAGAAGUUCUACGAUGUCAUCGAGGCCGCAAAAGCAAACGACAUUAAAGUCAGAGGAUAUGUGUCGUGUGUGGUGGGCUGCCCCUAUGAGGGCGCCACGUCGCCCGAUGUGGUGGCCAAGGUGGCAGGCAUGCUGUACCGGGCAGGCUGCUACGAGAUCUCUCUUGGAGACACCAUCGGCGUCGGCACGCCAGGAACUAUGCGGCCCAUGUUGCAGGCCGUGCUCAACGAGGUCCCAGCAAGCGCUCUUGCCGUCCACUGCCACGACACUUACGGCCAGGCGCUGGCCAACAUCCUGACUGCCCUGGCCAUGGGUGUGGCCGUGGUGGACAGCUCUGUGGCCGGCCUCGGCGGCUGCCCCUAUGCACGUGGCGCCACGGGAAACGUUGCCACUGAGGACGUCCUGUACAUGCUGCAUGGCAUGGGCAUACCCACGGGCGUUGACCUCCAAAAGGUGAUCGGCGUGGGUGAUUUCAUCUGCAAGGCGCUUAACAGGCCGAACAAUUCCAAGGUGUCGCGAGCCCUCAGCAGGCUCUGAGUCACUGUGCAGCCAGUCUUCGCCGCUUCAUUCCAGAAGCCAAAGCCCCACCACUCUCAUUGUCAUCGUCACCGCCCAAUGUUGGUCACGUUGGCUCCUCCCUAGCUUCUGUUGGCACACUGCCGACUUGGCUUGGAAGGUGGCUCACUACUGUAGUCAUUGUUUUUGUACCGACCUCAGCAAUAUUUUUUGUCCUGAUGGCCUUGUAUUUAAGAACCUCAUUUUGAGCAGUUCAUGGAGUCACCGCAGAUGCUUUGCGCUUAUUUAUUUUCAUGCAGUACCUUAUCAUUUAGGUUAACUGUAUGUACAAUUUGAUCGUAUACUUCACUUGUGCCAUUUUUUUGACACAUCUGUAUUGCUGCGCUGUUUUGCAUAUUCAAAACAGCUUUGUGGUAUGGGUCAAGACAAGAGUCCCCAGUAUAGUUGGAAGACCGCCAAACCAUUACUGUUUCUCUCCGUAGUUCAUGAAAUUUAACUCGAGUUUGGUGCUAGUGAGAUGUGUCAGCUUUGCAUAUUUUACGUGCAUACAUAGGGAAAACAAUAAAGCCUGUUACCAGAAUGUUGUACACGUGAACAUCGCACUGUAAAUCCAUAAGUAAUUUAAAUUUAUUUGAUGCGACUUGUUUGUUUUGGUACAGCCUGGUGGAUUCUUUGAUAUGUGCGCUGGUAAAUCAUUGCCUUUGUUCACCAGGCACAUGCAAUCUGUGCUUUUUUUUUGUGUGUGUCAGUGCAAAUGUUAAUGGGAAUUGCCUGCAUCUGGCUUAGUGUUGCGAAAGUUAGCCAUUUUCCGGUUGAAGGCCAAAACUUUCUCAGAUUGUGCGCUGUGAUAGUGGCAUAAGGAAACACACAUUCCCACAAGGGAUAUCCUUUUUCAUUUCUUAAAAAAAUUGUUUCAUGGCGUCUUUUUUUACAUUUUUUUUUGUGAACAUACACAUUCAAGGACAGCGUCCAUGCUUUGACAAUCAAGCUGCCUGUACCUUCUGUAUAGAUAGCUCAAUGUAUAUAAGCUUCAAAGUGCAGUUGUUGACAAAUAAAAUUUGUUACUGCAG